AUGGCUUCUACCACUUCGUCUGCGCCGGCCGGCCAGAACCCCGUUCUCCGCCGCACCGUCACCAGCAACACCGCCGAGACCGACGCUUCGGUUCCUUCUACUGCCAUGGCUUCGCCCGUGGAUUCGCCCCGUCCUUCUGCUUCGUCGACGUCCUUGUCGUCUAUGGCUUCUGACGAUGCCGUCCUCGAAAAGAAGGCCAACUACACCAAGCUGUACGACACCUACGGCAACGAGUUCACCCCUCCCGAUUUCACCAUCAAGGACAUCCACAACGCUAUCCCCAAGCACUGCUUCGAGCGUUCUGCUCUCAAGGGAUACGCCUACAUCGCCCGCGAUAUCCUCUGCCUCACCACCACCUUCUUGAUCUUCCACAACUUCGCUACCCCCGAGUACGUGCCUUCCAAGGCUGCUCGUGUCGUUCUCUGGGCCGUCUACACCAUUCUCCAGGGUCUCUUCGGAACCGGUCUUUGGGUCAUUGCCCACGAGUGCGGUCACCAAGCCUUCUCUCCCUCCAAGACCAUCAACCACGCCACCGGCUGGGUUCUUCACUCGGCUCUGCUCGUUCCCUACUUCAGCUGGCAGAUCUCUCAUAGCAAGCACCACAAGGCCACCGGCCAUAUGGAGCGUGACAUGGUUUUCGUGCCCCGCACUCGCGAGCAGCAGGCCACCCGUGCUGGCCGCUUGGCCCACGAAGUCGGCGAGCUGGCUGAGGAGACCCCCAUCUACACCCUUCUGAUGCUUAUCGCCCAGCAGCUCGUUGGCUGGCCCAACUACCUUAUGACCAACGUCACCGGCCACAACUUCCACGAGCGCCAGCGUGAGGGCCGCGGCAAGGGCAAGCACAACGGUGCCGGCGGUGGUGUCAACCACUUCGACCCCAGCAGUCCCAUCUUCGAGGCCAAGGACGCCAAGCUCAUCAUCGCUUCUGACAUUGGUGUCGGCAUCACCAUGACCGUUCUCGCUCUCCUCGGCAACAAGUUCGGCUGGUCCAACAUUCUGGUCUGGUACUUCAUUCCCUACCUCUGGGUUAACCACUGGCUCGUCGCCAUCACCUUCCUCCAGCAUACCGACCCUACUCUUCCUCACUACACCGCUGGUGAGUGGAACUUCGUCCGUGGCGCCGCUGCCACCAUCGACCGCGAGAUGGGCUUCAUCGGACGCCACCUCCUCCACGGCAUUAUCGAGACCCACGUCCUUCAUCACUACAUCAGCACCAUUCCCUUCUACAACGCCGACGAGGCCUCUGACGCCAUCAAGCCCGUUAUGGGCAAGCACUACCGUGCUGACGUCAAGGAUGGCCCGGUUGGCUUCAUCAAGGCCUUGUACAAGUCUGCGCGUAUGUGCCAGUGGGUUGAGCCCAGUGCUGAUGCCCAGGGCGAGGGCAAGGGUGUCUUGUUCUUCCGCAACCACAACGGUCUCGGUACCGCGCCUAUCAAGGGUGCGGUGAACUAA